AUGGCGUCCGCCGGACGGUCGCUCCUCUACGGCCUGCUGGUGCUGGUGCUGGCCCUCCUCUGCGUCGGCGCUCUGGCGGCUCCGCCGAAGCGCUACCUCUCCGUCAGCCUCGACCAGGUGGUCGCCUCCAAGGCUCGAGCCCAGUGCUAUGAUCCCUCCUCGUUUUCAGGCGAGACUUCUGGCAACAAGUUCGCCAUCCAUCCAUCUUGCAGCGCGGCCGAGCAGGCGGGACGCCAUCGCAACAUCGCCAGCCACGACAGAGCCCGGCUGAGCACCAUCCGCCAAAGGUCUUACCCUUCAGCCAUGCCUCCGAUGUCCAUGCCUCCGAUCCCUCCGUUCAUUUUCCCGCCAAGCCCCACACCAGGUUCAGCACCAGCAAAGGGCAUGCCUCCGAUGUUACCAGCCAUCGCCUUCCCUCCGAUGUUCUUCCCGCCAAACCCCGCACCAGCAGAGGGGAUGCCUCCAGUCCCAGCCGUCGCCUUCCCUCCGAUAUACUUCCCGCCAGCCCCUGCACCAGCGGAGGGGCCGUCCGUCACCAUCCCGGACAUCCCGGGGACCAGCGGCUACAACAUAUCGGAGUUCAUCGUCGUCGUUGGCUUCGGCACGCCGUCUCAGCCAUCCGCUCUGUUGUUUGACACCGGCAGCGACCUGUCGUGGGUCCAGUGCCAGCCGUGCACGGGCCACUGUUACCAGCAAAACGGCCCGCUCUUCGACCCGACCAAGUCUUCCACAUACGACGUGGUGCGCUGUGGGACGCCAGAGUGCUCGGUGGCCGGCGGCAUGUGCAACGGCACUACCUGCCUCUACCAAAUCGGCUAUGGCGACGGCUCGUCCACGACUGGUGCGCUCUCACAGGAGACGCUGACGUUCUCCUCGUCGCGUACCUUUUCCAGCUUCCCGUUCGGAUGCGGCACCACCAACCUGGGCGACUUUGGCAGCGUCGACGGCCUGCUUGGCCUCGGCCGUGGCCAGCUCUCGCUGGCCUCGCAGACGGCCUCCUCGUACGACGGCACCUUCUCCUACUGCCUGCCGUCUCACAACAUGAGCAGGCCUGGGUUCCUCAGCAUCGGCGCCGCCCCGGACACCGGCAAGGUCCAGUACACGGCGAUGAUCAAGAAGCCGCAGUACCCGUCCUUCUACUUCGUGGAGCUCGCGUCCAUCAACAUCGGUGGCUACGUCCUGCCGGUGCCGCCAUCCGUGUUCACGAGCAAGGGCACCCUGCUCGACUCCGGCACCACCCUCACGUACAUCCCCUCGAAGGCCUACGCCUUGCUCCGCGACCGCUUCAAGUUCACCAUGAAGGGGUACAAGCCGGCGCCGCCCUCCGAAGAGCUCGACACCUGCUACGACUUCUCCGGCCACAACGCCAUCUUCAUACCGGGGGUGUCGUUCAAGUUCAGCGACGGAGCCGUGUUCGAGCUCGACUUCUUCGGGAUCAUGAUGUUCCCUGAUGACGCGCAGCCGGCCUACGGGUGCCUCGCGUUCGCGGCGGGUGAUGAUGAUUCCUUCUCCAUCAUCGGCAACACGCAGCAGCGUUCCGCCGAGGUGAUCUACGACGUUGCAGCCGAGAAGAUUGGCUUCGUUCCCUUCAGUUGCUGA